AAGUCCCAAACAUACUUCGAAGCCAUGGGACUCCAGUGCUGCUUCGGCGGGACGACCUUCCAAACCCUAAAAAUGGCAGCAAUUCCUUCUCUAUAUUCAUCAUCGACCUCCAUUCUCAGACCAGUGUCCAAAACCCUAACCUUUAACUUCCUUUCCCGGCCCCAUGGGCGUUCUCUUCCACUCCUCGUAAGAGCUCUCUCAGCCCCAGCCAUUCAAACCACCGGCCGAACCACCACUUCUCCGGACGAUAAAGUUUUGAGGCCUCAAUGGAAAGCGGCGAUAGAUUUUAAGUGGAUUAGAGACAACAAGGAAGAUGUCGCUGCCAAUAUAAAAAACAGGAAUUCUAAUGCUAAUUUGGGGCUUGUUCUUGAACUCUAUGAGAGAUUGUUAAACGUUCAGAAGGAAGUUGAACGGCUUCGUGCAGAGAGAAAUGUGGUUGCGAACAAGAUGAAAGGAAAAUUGGAACCCUCCGAGCGCCAAAAACUCAUAGAAGAGGGAAAGAAUUUGAAGGACAGACUCAUUACUUUAGAAGACGACCUGCUCAAACUUACAGAUGAGCUCCAGCUGGAAGCACAGUCUAUUCCAAAUAUGACUCAUCCAGAUGUUCCAAUAGGAGCGGAAGAUUCGUCAACAUUGAGAAAAGUGGUUGGUGAUCCCCAUGAGUUUAGCUUCCCUAUUAAGGACCAUGUCCAACUUGGAAAAGAAUUAGAUCUGUUUGAUUUUGAUUCUGCUGCAGAGAUUAGUGGGUCAAAAUUCUAUUACAUGAAGAAUGAAGCAGUUAUGCUAGAGAUGGGCCUCAUAAACUGGACUCUCUUUGAAGUCAUGAAAAGGGGAUUUACGCCUCUUACAACUCCAGAAAUUGUGAGAUCCUCUGUUGUUGAAAAAUGUGGCUUCCAACCUCGUGGAACUAAUACUCAGGUUUACUCUAUUGAGGGCAGUGAUCAAUGCCUUAUUGGCACUGCAGAGAUUCCAGUUGGUGGAAUUCAUAUGGAUUCUAUUCUUCCUGAGGCUUUGUUACCUUUAAAGUAUGUGGCCUUUUCACAUUGCUUUCGUACUGAGGCUGGUGCUGCAGGCACUGCAACAAGGGGCCUCUACCGAGUCCACCAAUUCAGUAAGGCGGAGAUGUUCAUCUUAUGUCGGCCAGAGGAAAGUGAUUCUUACCAUGAAGAAUUAAUUUCCAUUGAAGAGGACCUCUUCUCGUCAUUGGGACUUCAUUUUAAGUGAGUUUUCCGAAUGUUCUUUCACCUUUUAUUUCGGGAUCAAUCUGUAUUUAACCUAGCCUUGAGUUUCUCAGAACUGUGGACAUGGCUUCUGAGGAUUUAGGCGCGCCUGCUUACCGUAAAUUUGAUGUGGAAGCAUGGAUGCCGGGCUUGGGACGGUAUGGUGAGAUAUCAAGUGCAUCAAAUUGCACGGACUACCAAAGUCGCAGGCUUGGAAUUCGCUACCGUCCAGAAUCAUCAUUGACAAACCCUAAAAAGGGUAAAGGCAAUCUUGCUUCAACGCAGUUUGUGCACACAUUAAAUGCAACAGCGUGCGCUGUUCCCCGGAUGAUUUUGUGUUUGCUUGAGAAUUACCAACAAGAAGACGGCUCUGUAGUGAUUCCGGAGCCAUUAAGGCCCUUCAUGGGUGGGCUUCAGAUCAUUACUCCCAAGUCCAGAUAAGAUUAGGAACAUAUUUAUAUAUUUUUGAUUUAAAAUUGUAUCUGGUGAUAUUCGUAUGGUUUUUUUAUUUUAUUUUUUGCAAAUCUUAGUGUUCGAUUCGGCGACAGAUAAAAGAAUUGAAAACCUGAGCUUGGUUAAUUCAUAAUUCAUUACAGUAUCACUUGAGUUUUGAUUAAAGAUUUGUUUGGUAAGCAGAAACCGAUUGCUAUG